AUGGCUUGGGGGGUGAAAGGUGUUGUUGAGAAGCAGCGGGAGUUGUGGAUAUUUGGCGACACGCGCAUCCAUCUGGAUGAGAGCGUGGGCGCGAUUGACUUGGACGUGAAGGCUUGCAAGGUUGAUAUUCUUGCCGCCGACGGUCAUAAGUGGCUGCUCGCACCUGAAGGCGCGGCAAUCUUCUACUGUGCAAAGGAGAAACAGGAUGCACUGAUCAACACAAACGUCGGUUGGGCGGGUGUCGUCAAUCCAAGGGAUUUUCUGAACUAUGAUUUCACCCCUCAACCGGCUGCUACGCGCUUUGAGGAGGGAUCGUAUAACAGCGUUGGCUUGUAUGGACUCGGUGCAGCAAUCGAACUGCUGCUAGAAAUUGGGAUCCCGAAUAUUGAGCAGCGAAUAUUGGACCUGACAGAUCGCCUCAUCGAAGGGAUCCACUCAAAGAACUACCGGCUACUGACACCAACAGGAGAAUCCGAGCGUUCCGGUAUCGUAGUGUUUGAAAGUGACCGAUAUACAUCAGCCGAUCUGGUUGAACGGCUCAGGCGAGAAAACGUCAUCGGGGCGGAUCGGGGCGGCGUCCGCCUAUCGCCACAUUUCUAUAACUCGGAGGCGGAGAUAGAUCAGGUCUUGGAAUUGCUUCCAUAA